CAAGAUGCGAGGUGUGUGAGCAUUUAUGUAGAUGACAGCAAGAGUGACGUUGGUGAUGGCGUCACGCAGCUGGUGGAGCCCCAGAAACUAAGAAGCCGACCGGCCUGCAGGACGACACAGUUCAGGAAUGGGCGUCCAGAAUGCGAAGCCAGCGUCGUCGCGGAGUCCGGCACGGCGCCGCUGAGAGCGAGAAGAGCCCGCUCCGCCGCCGCCGCCGCCGCCGCACCUCGCCGCCCUCCGCGCUCCCAGGCCCGGCCGCGCCUCCGCCACCAUGAACCACUCUCCGCUCAAGACCGCCCUGGCGUACGAGUGCUUCCAGGACCAGGACAACUCCACGCUGGCUUUGCCGUCGGACCAAAAGAUGAAGACAGGCACCUCGGGCCGGCAGCGCGUGCAGGAGCAGGUGAUGAUGACCGUCAAGCGGCAGAAGUCCAAGUCCUCGCAGUCGUCCACUCUGAGCCACUCCAACCGAGGUUCCAUGUAUGACGGCCUGGCCGACAAUCACAACUACGGCACCACCAGCAGGAGCAGCUACUACUCCAAGUUCCAGGCGGGGAAUGGCUCGUGGGGAUAUCCGAUCUACAACGGGACCCUCAAGCGGGAGCCUGACAACAGGCGCUUCAGCUCCUACAGCCAGAUGGAGAACUGGAGCCGCCACUAUCCCCGGGGCAGCUAUAACACCACCGGUGCGGGCAGUGACAUCUGCUUCAUGCAGAAAAUCAAGGCGAGCCGCAGCGAGCCCGACCUCUACUGUGACCCGAGGGGCACCCUGCGCAAGGGCACACUGCAGAAGGGCCACAAGACCACCCAGAACCGCUACAGCUUCUACAGCACCUGCAGCGGUCAGAAGGCUGUCAAGAAGUACCCGGUGCGCCCACCCUCCUGCGCCUCCAAGCAGGACCCAGUGUAUGUCCCGCCCAUCUCCUGCAACAAGGACCUGUCCUUUGGCCACUCCAGGGCCAGUUCCAAGAUCUGCAGUGAGGACAUUGAGUGCAGCGGGCUGACCAUCCCCAAGGCGGUGCAGUAUCUGAGCUCCCAGGAUGAGAAGUACCAGGCCAUUGGAGCCUAUUACAUCCAGCACACCUGCUUCCAGGAUGAAUCUGCCAAACAACAGGUCUAUCAGCUGGGAGGCAUCUGCAAGCUGGUGGACCUCCUCCGCAGCCCCAACCAGAAUGUCCAGCAGGCCGCGGCAGGGGCCCUGCGCAACCUGGUGUUCAGGAGCACCACCAACAAGCUGGAGACCCGGAGGCAGAACGGGAUCCGUGAGGCCGUCAACCUCCUGAGGAGAACCGGGAACACCGAGAUCCAGAAGCAACUGACCGGGCUGCUCUGGAACCUGUCUUCCACCGACGAGCUGAAGGAGGAGCUGAUUGCCGACGCCCUGCCUGUUCUGGCCGACCGCGUCAUCAUCCCCUACUCCGGCUGGUGCGAUGGCAACAGCAACAUGUCCCGGGAAGUGGUGGACCCUGAGGUCUUCUUCAAUGCCACAGGCUGCUUGAGGAACCUGAGCUCGGCGGACGCGGGCCGCCACGCCAUGCGCAACUACUCGGGGCUCAUCGACUCCCUCAUGGCCUACGUGCAGAACUGCGUGGCAGCCAGCCGCUGCGACGACAAGUCCGUGGAGAACUGCAUGUGCGUCCUGCACAACCUCUCCUACCGCCUGGACGCCGAGGUGCCCACCCGCUACCGCCAGCUGGAGUACAACGCCCGCAACGCCUACACGGAGAAGUCUUCCACCGGCUGCUUCAGCAACAAGAGCGACAAGAUGAUGAACAACAACUACGACUGCCCCCUUCCAGAGGAAGAGACCAACCCCAGGGGCAGCAGCUGGUUGUACCACUCAGAUGCCAUCCGCACCUACCUGAACCUCAUGGGCAAGAGCAAGAAGGAUGCCACCCUGGAGGCCUGCGCGGGUGCCCUGCAGAACCUGACGGCCAGCAAGGGGCUGAUGUCCAGUGGCAUGAGCCAGCUGAUCGGGCUGAAGGAGAAGGGCCUGCCCCAAAUCGCCCGCCUCCUGCAGUCUGGCAACUCCGACGUGGUGCGGUCCGGAGCCUCCCUCCUGAGCAACAUGUCCCGCCACCCCGUGCUGCACAGAGUGAUGGGGAACCAGGUGUUCCCGGAGGUGACCAGGCUCCUCACCAGCCACACUGGCAACACCAGCAACUCCGAAGACAUCCUGUCCUCGGCCUGCUACACCGUGAGGAACCUGAUGGCCUCGCAGCCGCAGAUGGCCAAGCAGUACUUCUCCAGCAGCAUGCUCAACAACGUCAUCAACCUGAGCCGCGGCAGUGCCUCACCCAAGGCUGCAGAAGCUGCCCGACUGCUCCUGUCUGACAUGUGGUCCAGCAAGGAACUGCAGGGUGUCCUCAGACAGCAAGGUUUUGAUAGGAACAUGCUGGGGACCUUAGCUGGGGCCAACAGCCUCAGGAACUUCACCUCCCGAUUCUAAGAAGAGGCUGUCCAAGCAAGUUCACCUUGCAGAAAGAUCUGACCCAGUUGAGAAGACCUCAGGCCUUGCUGGACAGGUCCUUCUGUCCAUCCUGUGCAGUAUUUGGAAAAGUUCAAAUGCAGCUGAGAGGAAACCUGAAAACUGAGAAUAAUGGAAAUAUUUUUAGUUUCUUUUUUUUUCCUUGGGGGAACUGGUAGGCGAUGGGGAUUGGGGAGGUUGGGGGGGCUUUCUUGAGUUAAAGGGGCUUAUAUCUGAUGUCAAUACUUCUUUCUCUGAGAAAUGGUAUAUAUAUAUGUGUAUAAUGGAAAUGUGUGUGCGUGUGUGUGCCUGUGUGUGUGUGUGUGUGUGUGUGUGUGUGUGAGUGCCUAAAACCAUAACCACAGACUGCGAAAAGCUAGGGAAGCUAUUCCAGCACAGCUCAUCAGGUGGUGAAAAAGACUCUCCCGUGUUUCUUACUCAUAGGCAAGGAUGACAUGUGCUUUUUGGUGAGCUGCCUGUAGGUCCUAAAACGCAUUGUGCCAGGGCAGGGGGCUCCGGUGAGCCAGGCCCACCCAUGGAGGAGGCCUGUGGGCUUCCCGCUCGCCAUCUCUCUGGGGCAGGAAGAGGAACGGAGGCCGGGCUAACCUCCCCCAAUAAGAGGCUGCUUUGCAGAAGGGAGAUUUGGUGUAGCUCAUGGGAAACUGAGUGCAUCCGAUAAUGCCGCCUCCCUGCAGUGCCACAGGACCGGGGAUGGGCAGGGUGUGGGCUCUAGAGACAGCAGGGCUUUCUCUCUUGCUUUGCCCUGUGAGGUCCACCUGGGGAAGCAGGAGCCAGAGAGAUGGGGUGGGCAAAGCCCGACUUGUUAUAGGACAGAGAAGGCGAAGAUGGUGCUCCAGGAAGCCAAAGAGGUGUUCAGGG